AUGAUAGGCUGGAGCUUACCCCCGGCGGGUUGGUGCAGCGUCAACACUGACGGGUCCGUGAUACUCGCUAGCCAGAGCUCGACGGCAGGUGGGGUGGUCCGUGACGAUCAAGGAAGGUUUUUGGGUGCUUUUACUAUGAAUCUAGGGGGUGGGUCAAUCACCCGAGCGGAGCUUAUGGGAAUGCUGCAGGGGUUGAAGCGUGCAUGGGAGCUGGACGUGAAGAAGGUGGUUCUCUUGACGGACUCUAAAGCGGCCAUUGAAUUGCUUGACUCGGCUGCCUCUUCUCACCCACAUUACCGACUGGUGGUUCAAGUGCGGCAGAUGAUCCAACGGGAAUGGGAGGUACGAGUCGAGCAUACUUUCCGAGAGGGGAACGUGGUAGCGGACUUCCUGGCAUCUACGGGUCACAGCCUACCCUUGGGCCUGCAUCUAGUAUCAAUUCCCAGCCCUCAGCUAAAUUACUGGUUGCUCUUCGACCUUGUAGGGAGCCAAACUCCCAGACUUGUUCCUCUUUGA